AUGGCAUCUGAGCUAGCUGGCUGUAGUGAUCGUCGAGCUCACGUGACGUCGGCGGCACCGCCUCGCAUUGCCCGAUCGCGCCUUCCAUGAGCUUCAUCAACAUUGCGACACACAAGCACCGCCUUCACCAACAUCCCGCCACAAACUAUCACCACUGACGAAUACUGCCUCUCGCUGCUGAUAUCCCCCACCGACUUGCAAAUAUACAAAGUCCAUCCAGCUACUAUCGUCAUGGCUGAUACCGCCAUGGAGAACCCGGCCAACACCGUCCCGCCGCACAAGAAGCAGCUCCCAUCGUCGAUACCCAACUUUGAUACCCUGGAGGGCUUCUCCACUGAGGGCAGCGAUGACUACUCAACCUUCAAGAAGCUACAACGGCAAUUAGAGUACAUCCAUCUACAGGAAGAGUACAUCAAAGAUGAGCAACGGAGUCUGAAGCGAGAGUUGGUGAGAGCACAGGAGGAGAUCAAGCGCAUUCAGAGUGUACCGCUGGUGAUAGGGCAGUUCAUGGAGGCCAUCGACCAGAAUACCGGCAUCGUACAAUCGUCCACAGGCUCCAACUAUGUCGUUCGCAUCCUCUCCACUCUCGAUCGCGAACUCCUCAAGCCAUCCUCGUCCGUCGCGCUGCACCGCCACUCAAAUGCCCUCGUCGACAUCCUACCACCGGAGGCCGACUCUUCGAUUGCCAUGCUUGGUCAAGACGAGAAGCCAGAUAUCACGUAUGCCGACGUCGGAGGUCUGGACAUGCAGAAACAGGAGAUCCGGGAAGCUGUCGAACUGCCGCUCACACACUUCGACCUCUACAAGCAGAUUGGUAUCGACCCACCGCGCGGUGUACUGCUAUACGGACCUCCGGGUACAGGAAAGACCAUGUUGGUGAAGGCUGUAGCAAAUAGCACGACAGCGUCCUUCAUCCGUGUCGUCGGUUCGGAGUUUGUACAGAAGUACCUGGGUGAAGGCCCACGUAUGGUUCGUGACGUGUUCAGAAUGGCGCGCGAGAACUCACCAUCCAUCAUUUUCAUCGAUGAGAUCGACGCUAUUGCUACAAAACGUUUCGAUGCGCAGACAGGUGCCGAUCGAGAAGUUCAGCGUAUCCUGCUCGAGCUGCUGAACCAAAUGGACGGUUUCGACCAGACGUCCAACGUGAAGGUCAUCAUGGCGACGAACCGUGCAGAUACCCUCGAUCCUGCGCUGCUCCGACCCGGUCGUCUCGACAGGAAGAUCGAGUUCCCUUCGCUACGCGACCGCCGUGAGCGCCGUCUCAUCUUCUCCACCAUCGCCAGCAAAAUGAGUUUGUCGCCUGAGGUAGAUCUUGACAGCUUGAUCGUCCGAAACGACCCCCUCUCUGGUGCCAUCAUCGCAGCCAUCAUGCAGGAAGCGGGUUUGAGGGCUGUACGCAAGAACAGGUACAACAUCAUCCAGAGCGAUUUGGAGGAGGCAUACACCAGCCAGGUCAAGGGUGCGGCAGAGGCCGACAAGUUCGAUUUCUACAAGUAGACGCAUCGCUACUUGGAGGGGACUUGAGAAGGGGCAUGCAGCAUUGUACUACUAGAUAGGCUAGGCCCUGGGGUCUUGUACCCUAUGCGGCUAUAUACCGCGGUUGCUUGGGUAAUGCAUGAAACAACAUAACUAUCAUCUUGACUUUGCCUCAAUUGUCACAGUGUGUUUUCUACGCUACUCUUCAUUUAGACCUGGGCUUGUACACUGCUAAACUACAUUCUUCAUGCACAGGUAAAAAGGA